AGGCCACCCAGAAGGCCCAGAUGCUUCCUGCGAGGCAAGCGGAGGCAGAGCCUCAGAGGCGUGAGGCCCUGCCGGAGGUGCGCGGCGGGCAGCAGGACGAGCCCGGCCUGGCUCUCUCACCGGACGGCCCCGGGGCGAGUCCCGAGCCGCCGUCACUCUCGCACACACCGGAUGGCAACGCUGCCACGGACACACUGGCCUCAGACAUGCUGAGGAAACUGGCAGAGCGGCAGGAAGUGAACAGCCUCGGGGUGAGGGUCAAAGAAGAGGAGGAGCCAAUGGAAGUCGACACGUUGGUCGUCUCUGACCUCGUCCGUGAUCGACCAAUCACAAAAGAGAUAAUAACCCCGCUCUCCUCGAUGACGAGCCACCACCUUUUCAGUAUUAAAACAGAAGACCAGGGCAACAAGAUGGCAGAGCAAUUGCACCCUGGAGCCACAAUGGCGGACCAGUGUCUACAUGGCCUUAAAAUAGAGGACACAUUUUAUACUGGAGGCUGCCGGCCCGGCUCCAAGACGGCAGACAGCGUCGUCUCUGGAGCCAACAAGAUUCAGUUUAGAGUGAAACUGGAGGAUCGUGGCGUCUCCGGAGCCAAGAUGGAUGACCAGCUUCUCUUUAAAGCAAAAAUUGCAGAGCGGCCUUUGUCUGCAGCCAAGAUGAGCAACAAGUUUCUCUCCGGAGUCAAGACGGAGGACCCGUUUCCUCCAGGAGCCAAGAUGGAGAACCGGCUUCUUCCUGGAGCCCAGAUGGUGGACCAUGUUUUCUCAGGAGCAAAGACGGAGGAGCAGCUCUUCUUGGGAGCCAAGGUGGAAGACCAGUGCCUCAGAGCCGUGCUGUGGCAGGACAUGUCAGUGAACCUGGCGUCCACGCUGCUGCACCAGCUCUCAGAGAGAGUCAGUAAAUCCAACAGUCGGCUGGUGGAGAGGACCACUCCGCCCAUCAGAAGCAGUCCUGUUUUGAAGGUGAAUGUGGACCCACUCCGCUCGUCCCCGCUUCUGAGCUCCCAGGAACCUCCACACGAAACCACAACCAGCCUCAGCAGAGAUCAAACCACAGGUUGCUCUUACUUCUACAGGUGUCAUGUGUGUGGGUUUGAGACAGACGGGCGGGCCCUUUUCCAGAGUCACAUGACAGAACACCGCCAGUGGGAGCACGCCUCCUUCUCGCUGCACUGCUGCGUGUGCGACCACUCGACCAAUCAGGAGGCAGAGAUGAGGGCUCACGCCAACACGCACCUGCAGGGGAACAUAGGAGCCAGCGGAGAGAUGAGGUGGGCUCACUUUAAAGUGUGUGUGUGUGUGUGUGUGUGUGUAUGCCCCAGCGCCCCUCCUGCUGCUGCCGCCUCCGGCAGCGCUCCGUCAGUUGCCAUGGCAACCCAGCCAGAGAAUAGCACCUCUGAGCAUCGCUGCCGCAUCUGCCAGAGGUCGUUUCCAGGGCAACAGGAGCUAUUGGUUCACUUCCAGGGUCAUCGCCAAGGCAACCAGUACCGGUGCGACCGGUGCGGCCACCUGACGCGGACAGCCAACAAGCUGGUGGAGCACGUGCGUGUGCACACGGGGGAGCGGCCGUUCACCUGCGACCUCUGCCCGUACAGCGCCAAGCGGCGGGACAGUCUGCGCCUGCACUGCAAGGUCAAACACCCCGGCGACGUGCACACGCACCGGUCAAACCCUGCACUUAAAAACCCUCCCGUCACCAGAGGCUUCACUCCAUCGAUCACCUAUUGA